AUGUGAUAAAAGCUAGCCGUGAUGGAGAUCUCGAGAACCUUCUACGAGUUCCUGGUGGAAGAAGAGAACUUCAAACUGUGCUUCAAGCUAGCCAAUUCUGUGUCAUGCAUGAAGGAGAUCCCACUUGCAAACCUGAGACUCCUCUUCGAAAUGAGUCCAAUCAUCGACGAUGGAACCUGUAUUUUGGACUCCAGGUCUCUUUCGGGACUCAUAGCUCUGAACUUGACAAUGGUCGAGUCAGGUUUCAAGCAUUACGAUACAAUUUCAAACUACCUUCUGGAGCUCCUGAGCAAUGUGAGAAAUGCAACAUGGGACAGUCCGUAUGGAGUUUCUUCGAGACGAAGUAUCAUUUUUCCUGAGUUCUUCGGAGUAGUAUUGGGGACUAUUUUGACAGACAUCGCAGCUUACAGGGACGAUAUGAAAAGCGAAAUAGUUGAAAGGGUUUUCGAAGAGUUUGACUAUGCGUUUACACGCUGUGCAGACGUGCAAUCAAUCGCUAAGCCUGAGUUCAAAAAAUUUGUAGGUUCUUACGUUCCUUUUAUAAUUGGUUUGUUGAGGACGUUUGCUAGAAAAUCCUCGAUGAAUAUUCCUGUCACUUCGCUGCUUUUCAACGAAUCAACACUUUAUAAAAAGGAAGACAAAGGGAAAGGUGCUGUGCAGAAAAACCCGACUAUAACCAGAAGAAGUACGGUUAUACCAGCCGGUGAAAAACGAAGCAUCACUGGCUAUGAAAAUAGAUUCACGCUUGUGAUGAAGUCGAAAGAUACACAAAACGCAAUUAGAUCAAGUAAAAUAGACGCUGAGAAAAAUAAAAGCGGCUAUGAACUUAUUGAUUUUGAUCCUGUUAAUCUGUUUCAUCAUUAUGGGUCAAGUUAUCCGAUUCUGAAACUGAAGAAGUAUUCGUUGAACCAGCUUCUCAAUCUCACCAAAACAGAGUUGAUAUUCUGCCGAAAUGUCAUCAGUAAUCUUUUAAACGACCAAUUUCUGCAAAAGUUAGACGAUGGCUGUGAGUACUUAUACUACAAGUUGGAUAAGAAGUUUCCCUAUAAGAGCUACAGUGAAAUCAUCAGUCUCAGUGCAAUAUCGAUGGUCAAAGCAUUGGUCUACAACUCGGAAUUACUUGCGAACGAUGAGGUAAAGACUGCAUUUCACGACAUUGUCAAAGUGCAGUACGUAUUGUUAAACAACAUAGAUAUAGAAACAAAGUACUUGAAUGCACGACUCAGUUUCAGUCCCGACACUUACAAUCCAUACUACUUGUUUUCAAGGGCAUCGGCUGAAACUACAGAGCUCUUGGUAAAAUUAACCGAGGAAGAAAGCGCCGAAGUCAUUUUGACUAAAUUGCAGUCGCGAAUUUCGAAAACGGGACCGAACUUUGCGAGGUCUUUCGUAUUCGAACUUCCAAUGUACGAAUGUGCUCUGAACUGCAUGGGAACCCAGGCGGAAAAGUUCCCCUCGUCCCAAGUAGCGAAGUCAGUUGUUGAUCAUCUGAAAAAUUUUCUGCUGGACCCUUCUUUAGUUCUGUCAAGUGUUUAUGGACUGAGCCACAAUAUCACGUUGACGGCGACACUCGAUAAAGAAAUCGCGUCUCGGAAAUUUUCGUUGGCCAACCCGCUUUCGGCAUUUGCUCGACUUCGAGAUGUAGCAAUUGCAAACCUAUGUCGCGCCUUGCAAGCUGUAAAUCUGUCGAAUCAAACGGAAAUUGACGCUGCGCUUGCGACUAUUUCAGCCAAAAGUUACUUGACUGCGGAGUCCAGAACCAGGGAUGUAUCAGGGAGGGGAAUGAUGAUUGAAAACGAGAUUGUUUCCAGGAACUGUAUCCUGAUUUUGGGACAUCUUGCGCUGACCCAAAGACAAUCGUUCGCUGCCAAUGCAGAUCUGAUGUCGAAGGUGCUCAGUAUCUUCCAGCAGAUGUUCAGUCGGGACUCUGCCUACAUGGAUGACCUCAUCAUAGAUCAGAUGGGAUACAUGGUUAUGGUUGGUCCAGCAGGUGGUCCCCUGUGGGCAUUGCCCCCCUCCGGUGCCGCCUAUUGCUCGGAAACAGUGGGUAGUGGGGGGUUUGGGGGCCACUCUUCUGCAACAGCAGCAGCCACCCAGUCGCUCUGGUGGGACAAUGAGGAGGAGGGGGAGUACGAGAGUGUGGUGGUGGAGCCGAGUAACAACCAAGUCUACCAGCAGAUCAUGAAGCUCUUCUCCCACGCCCUCUGCGGGUCAUCUGCAGCUGGGGUACUAGCAGAGAGCAAAGUCAACUCUCCUGCAGGAGGUCCCCAGUUCACGUUUGCAGUUCGCUCUUCUUCUCUCGGGGCUUCUUUAGAAGCCAGUGCUGCCGCUAUCAGUCACGUAAUCCCCUCCGUCAUCCGAACGAUGACAGCCAUGUCCGCCUCCAUCCGAGAUCACGAGCACAUGACUGACUUCCUGUUGAGGUUGUUGAAUAUAUUCAACAGUCUGGGAAUGAGUAACAUAAGACCAGCGGUAGAACAGCAGGGAACGAAAACAGAGGGAGGGGUAAAAACUGGGCUGGUCAAAAGUGUGGCACAAGCGAUGGUCGGUCCAAAAGUGCAGAAUAAGUGCAACAGUGGGGAACUACUGGCGCCCAUCGCUACUCUUCUGGACCGGAUCCCUCAGGAGUUUGAGUCACAGAAGCAGGUUUACAAGGCGUUCCAGCAGUUCUGGUUCUUCGUUUCUCGGCUGCAGCUGGACGACGAGAGCAAGUCAGCAAAUGUUUCGCCGAAGUGGUUCGAGGCCAUCACUCGUAUCGCGAGGAAGGCGCCUCUGCUGGUGUCGAGCGAAGAGUCACAGAAUUUGAAGCAAAUAGUUGAUGUCGACUUCAAAUUUAUGGAUGACUACUCGGCGAAUGAAAUGCAAACUUUGAAGACACAAUUAAUCAGUCGCACUAAAGCGAAGGAAGAGUUCUACCAUUCGAUCUUGAAAAUCGAAACUUCAUCUCAAAUAAACUUUGCUAUUGCUGCCAUCACUUUAGAGAGUCUACGGCACAAACAUGCUUCGAUUCCCUCAUUCAGAGUGAUUUUCCAAUACUUUGAGGAACUGCAACUGAUGAAAGAGGGAAAGAUCAAUAAUAUGUGGACUGUCACGAAAGGAAUCUGUGACUACGUUUUCACUAUAUACCUGGAUACUAUGCGCUGUCAAUCUAGAAACAUGGCUCACGAAAACUUGCUAAAAGAGCAUUCCCAGUACCUGUUGAUCAAGUUCAACGAUCCUGCUCAUGCGAUUCGAAAGCAAGCCGAUCACUACUUAAGCCAGCUGCUGACAGAGUUUCCGAAUAUUCUGUGGAAUUAUAACUUCAUUAAAACGUCCCUAGAUAUUCUGGAACUGCAGAGCAUGCACAUACAGCAGAGGCAGGAGGGAAUAGCGCUAAAAACUCCAGUUUCAGAGACGGGCCUGGAACUUGUUCACACGAGGACGACCGAGGAACGACAAGCGACCUUGAAUGACUUCACCGAGCGCACGAGGAGUUUCAUUCUGGCAGCUGUUCAAAGCGCGGGAAACACUACCAAGUCGCACCUAAUGCAUUACAUUGAUACAAAAGACGAGCAAAUUUGUUCAACUUCAUCUCAUCCUGGCUGGGGUUUGGCCAUGGACUUCUUAGUGAAUAAUCCUCAGAAUGACUUCUCUUUUGGUAAUACACAGGAACAGGGCAAUAUUGUGUCUUUUAUGACACGCAGAAGCAAGUGUCUUGGUGAAGCAAGGGGUAUGAUUUUAUCUCUCCGUGAGUUGGGAAAAUCUCCGAAAGAGUUGCAUCAAAAGUAUGCUAGAGAACUGAUGUUGAAAGACAAUUCAGACGAAGUGUUCUUGAACGCAGUUUUCAGACUGAGCGCUCUGAUUAUCAUGAGUGAGGAGAAUUCGGAAACGAGCUUCAUGUUGAAGACAGUUUGCUGUGGUUUCCUGAAUCAUUUCACGGAACAGGGAGUGAACAACUCGAUAGCUUGCUGGGAGUGGAUUCUUUCAGCACGAAACGACCUUACCCUACAGCUGUUUAUGUACAUUUGCGAAGCUUGGCAUAGUUCCAAAGAUCGAAAACUUGGAAUAUUUUCUGAUGAAAAGGAUACCCAAACUUCUUCCAUAUUUACCCAAGGAUCUGAAAUGCCUUCAAAUCUGGAGUUCGUCGUUCCACACAAUCUUCUGAUCCAGUUUAUGGAGCAGAAAUUUGCUACUUUCAAAUUUAGCGAUCACGAUGUUGUAGACAUGCUGUAUCAUUUAGUCGGACAAACUUUACAUUGUGACUCGCUGGUUAAAGACCCAAACUUGCGCUUGGAUUUCAAACCGAUAAUGAAUCGAAGUUUAGGCGCGGUUGGCGUUCGAUUUAGAAUACUACUACUAGCUUUGCAUCUACUGCAGUUCAAAUUUCCAAAAGAAGACAACGCGGACAAGGAAUUGCAUUCGCGUAAUGUGUACCAGAAACGGAUUCUCAACUGUGCUUUUGAGUAUUUCACUCAAAGUGCGUUUCCGCCUGUUCAAAGCCGCGACAAUUUGCGAGAAGACAUUUCGGCUUUGAUUGACUUUUUCGUUUUGCUGCGCAGCGAACGAAUGAGAAUCGGGAGACUGCUGGAAAUGGAUAAAAAGGCGCGAGCGGGGAAGAAAGAUGAAUUGAAAUUACUCUCUAGCAAGUUGAAUUUAUUAAACUUGCUUGUCUGGACCGAGAUCGAAAGACUCACGAUUUGGUUCAACCCUAUAAAAUUGCCCUUUGAUGACCCUAAAUUCAAACAAUGGCCCAAAUUGAUGACCUUUGUAAGCAGUUCCAUGGCGCAGAUAAACUCUGAUAAGUUUUGGUCCGAGUAUACCUUUGUUGCGUGGUGUAUAUGUCCUGAUUUGGCUGUCCAUUUACCCAGUAGGUUCAAAUACCACCAGUCGAUUAUAAGAGAGUUGAAGAAGCUGGUUAGAAAUUAUCCGCAGAUGGUGUCUCAUAUUCCACAAGCGGUGGACUAUUUGUGUUGUGAUAUGGAGGACGCGGAUAGUGCGGAGGUGAUGCCAGUUCUGACCUGGAAGUACGGCACUCCUUGUGCUGCUUUGAAGUUGUUGUUCACAACUAGGAGUUCGUACACUGCCCAAUAUGCUAUUAGACUGCUGCAGUCAUAUCCGGAAGAUGUGUUAAUCUUCUUCGUGCCACAGAUAGUUCAGAGUUUGCGAUACGAUGAUGUACUGGGCUACGUCAAAGAGUUCAUUCUAUGGGCUGCCAAAAAGUACGAAAUACUGGCACAUCAGUUGAUUUGGAACAUGGAAACGAACGCCUAUCGCGACGAAGACAAGAACCUAAAAGAUGAGAAAAUUGGCGACUUAUGCCUACAUUUGGUAGAACAGAUCAAAAAAAAUUUCACGCCUGAGCAGGAACAAAUGUACAGAAAGGAGUUUGCAUUUUUCCAUGAGGUGACCUCGAUUAGUGGGAAGAUAAGACCGUUUGAGAAGGGACCGAAGAGAAAGGCGGAGUGUCAGAGACUGUUGAAGAAUAUUGAAGUGGGAGGGGAGAGGAAAGGAUGUUAUCUUCCUACGGAUCCAAAUGCGGAGGUGGUUGGUAUCGACUACUCUUCUGGUAUUCCGAUGCAGAGUGCGGCCAAGGCACCGUUCUUAGCCAAGUUCUUCGUCCAGAAGAAGAACAAGAAGCGCAAAGGAUCUGAUAAAGAUAAAGGAGAUGCUAAAUCUGUGUCGGUCACGACCACUGCAACUAGCCAGACUGAUCAUAAGAAAGAGGCGAAGACUUACGUGCAAGGCUGCAUCUUCAAAGUGGGCGAUGACUGUCGUCAAGACAUGCUGUGUCUGCAACUGAUCCAGUUGUUCCAGAACAUAUUCCAGUCUAUUGGUCUGGACCUCUACCUCUUCCCUUAUAAGGUGGUGGCCACUGCUCCUGGCUGUGGUGUUAUCGAGUGUGUUCCGGAUAGCAGGACGAGAGAUGAGUUGGGAAAGACGGCGGAACAGUCUCUGAAUCUCUACUUCAUUAACAUGUUUGGGGAACAAUCCAGUCGAGAGUACCAAGAAGCGAGACGUAAUUUUGUGAUCAGCAUGGCUGCCUAUAGUGUAGUGGGAUACAUCAUGCAAAUCAAGGACAGACACAACGGAAAUAUCAUGAUUGACAAGUUCGGUCACGUGAUUCACAUCGAUUUCGGGUUUCUGUUCGAGUCCUCACCAGGAAACAACCUCAAUUGGGAACCCGACUUCAAACUCACUGCCGAAUUCGUGGACUUAAUGUGUGCGGGAUACACUCCGAAAACAGUGAUCACUGAACCACCAUUUUACAGAUUGUUCCGAGAACUAACAGUAAAGGGUUUCCUCGCUCUCAGACCCUACCACGAGGAGAUUAUUACCAUUGUCACUUUGAUGCUGGAAACAGGACUGCCUUGCUUUAGAGGUCAAACUAUUCCAAAAUUAAAAGACCGUCUCAAGCUUAAUUUGUCGGAGAGAGAGGCAAGAGAUCACAUGUUGAAGGUUAUUAAUGAAAACAGCAAAAACUUUUGGGGUAAAACAUAUGACAUGAUUCAAGCGCUGCAAAAUGAUAUAGCAUAUUUUUAGCUGUGUUGCGUUGUCAACGGUUGUGCAUAUAUAUAUUGCAUAUAAAUAUAUAAAAAUUAACAAUCAGUCAACUGAAAUUAUUUGACCUCCUUUAUCCAUGGGUUGAUUUGUGGGUUAAAAAGUUAUUGAGCAUUUUACUCAUUUUGCUAUAUGUUUAAAA